AUGGUAGUUGUAAAGGGUAAAGGGCAAAAAUCGCACAGUUCAUUUGUGGUGUACGAAGGAUCUUUUGCUUUGCUUUUCCUUAUAUUUUUAACAUUUACUGAAGAUGAACUCCAAAUGUUUAUUAAUUCAACUAAUUUACCAUUUUUACCAACUCCAAUGGGAAAAGGUGUUAUUUCUGAUUUGGAUCCACAUUGUGUUUCAAGUGCAAGAACAACUGCUUUACUUCAUGCGGAUGUUAUACUUUUAUUGGGAGCUAGAUUAAACUGGAUGCUCCAUUUUGGUCGACCUCCACGAUAUCAAAGUGACGUUAAAAUCAUACAGGUAGAGAUAUGUGCAGAAGAAUUACAUAAUUCAGUUACAUCAGAAGUUGCUAUUCAAGCGGACAUAAGAUGCCCUUCAAAGCAAGAAUUUUUAUUUUGGUCAAGAAGAAGACUGGUGGACUCAAUUAGAAAAAGCUGGAAGUGAAAAUAAAAUGAAAUU